CGUGUUGGCGGCCGUCCGUGUGCCUUUCGGACAGCUGUGCGUUGGGAGUGCGGCGCAUUCGGCUGAGAGAGCGGCUUAGCGAAUCAGUGGAGCCAUCCGUCACACCGCCGCCCUGUCGACUGGUGUGGUGGCAUGGCGGGCCGCUGAGCUGACAGACAGCAAAGGUGAGAGGGAGGCCACACACUCACUGACCCUUUCAGUCACCUCAAUGCGUUGACCUUCUUUGUCUGUGUGCAUCUCUCUGUGUGUGUUGUCGGCUCAUCAGUCACUGCAGCCGUGUUGGUUCGUUGAUGGCGGCCUCCCCAUCUGCCGCUGCUGCUGCCGCUGCUGCUGCUGGUAGCUCAUCGUCGGCCAACAAGACGCCAUGUGGUCAGUCAGUGAGCCGCCACAUCCAUCCAUCCAGUGAAGGCAUGUUUGAUCUCUGUCUGUGUGUCUGUGUGGGUGCAGGUCACCAGUUCCACUGGCAGUGCAUCAACAAUCGCAAGUACGGCCUCCCUGGCGGAGCAUCGCCAUCGACAACAGUGUCGGCCAAGUGCAGCGGCCGAUGUGGGAAGGAGAACAGUGGCAGCGUACUCAGAGUGGACGGUGAGCAGCACACCAUUUGACGGACAGGCUAAGGCAUCUGGUGUGGUGGUGUGCCCUCUGUGUCCCUUCAGGCCAUUCGGUGUGUGCAGAGGUGAGCAUCCAGGACGAUCUCUGUGUGUGAGUGUGGCGAUGGACGGCGGUGGAGCCAGUCACUCAUCUGUGUGUCCUCUCUCUCCUUCAGUGUGUGGUGCAGCGCAUUAGAUACGGACACCCCGGCGACAUCUGCCCCAUCUGCAGGUAAACACUCACACACAGACACAGACACACACACACACACCCCUGUAUGGCCCUCCCCUCUGUGUGUGUGUGUUGGUGUAGGGCCGCCUUCGCGUGGGCGCAUGGCCCUCGGGGUGUGUCAUUCGUCGCUGGCCGUCCCUGCUGGCCCAUUGGCAGCUCCGUCGGCCUGUCGUAUGUGGCGCACAUCGCCAAGUGGCUGGGGGGCCACACAUCACUGACACUCAUUUACAGGUACACACACAGACAAACGCACACACACACACACACAUAUGGCCUUCUGCUGUGUCACUGAUGUGUGUGUGCAUCAGGGCGUCGCGUGACGGCACCACUUACGGCGAUCUGCUGCGGUGUGUCGGCGACAAGACCGGCCUGGCCUUCAUCAUCCGCAAGAACCAGUACGUUUUCGGCGCCUUCAUUAGUGCCGGUCUGGAGCUGCCCGACGACCCCACCGACAUCAACUGGUACGAGUGUGACGUGUGGUAUUUCUCGCUGGCCGGCCACUUCCCUAAGCCCACCAAGAUAGACGUCGACCGACCGGUGCAGUAUGUGAUAGUGGCGGAAAGGGGGCGCAGUGCGUGGGGUGCGAAUGUGGUGUUCGGUGGGGACCUGUUGUUGGGUGACGGCCGUGGCAAUGGCAGCCCGGCUGCCGACAUCCGCAGCUGUGCACAGCUCACCGACAGGGACCUUUUGACUGCGGGCUAUGUGGGGGAGAGGAAUAGCGAUGGCCAUGCUCUGCUGGGCGGCUCGGUCUGUUUUCAUGCCGAUGAGUUAGAGGUGCUGCACGUGGGCGGGCAGUGAGUGUCUGUUUGGGGUGCAUCCGCUUCUCGACGCGGGCGGGGCAUGAGGGCGGCAGGUCAGUGACAGAGGGAGGGGGAGGAUGUGUGUGUGUGUGUGUGAGGUGCCUGUCUUAUGAUUGCUGUCUUCUCCCCAUCCCACGCUGCACAGACAUUCCCAUGGACAGGAGGGCUCUUCGGAUGUCUUUGUGUGUCUAUGCCGCACGACCUGUCUGUGUGCACAGCUUCCUAUGUAUCCCUUCCAUCGCCUCUGAGGCCCAAAGAGACUGACUCACUGAUAUCAUCGACUCAAUGUACCCGCUGUGUUGAUCUCUCUGUCUGUCUGUGUGUGUGUCCCCAGCUGAUGGCCCC